GUGGUGCAUCGUGUUCAGGAUGGGAAAAGUUCUGAUUUUGGUCACCUUAAUGGUGGUAGCAGCCGUCAGUGCCCGAUUCGAUCGUGCCGCGAUCGGUGCUCGUCUGCGUCGUGGAGCUUCCAUGCGCUGUUGCAACGAUGGGUUCGACACGUCCGAAGUCCACGCCAAGUUCGAGGAGAUCCGCGAUGAAUGCAUGAAGGAUUUAGGCCUGGACGGAGUGCCCCACGAGGAGGUCGUCAAGAGCCGUGAAAAUCUAAACUGCAUCACCGAGUGCAUCGCGAAGAAGGAGGGCAUUGCCGACGAAAACGGGGCGCUGGUACACACCGAUCUGGCCGAGGCGGUGCGGGAGCACAUGAGCUCGAUCGAGUGGAAGGUGCCGCUGCUGGACGGGUUCGUCAAACAGUGUUUCGAUACGGUCGACGUAGCUCACGCCGAUUUCCAGCCCAGCGACGAGGCCAAGUGCAAUCCGGAGGGUUUCGAGUUUGUGUUUUGUCUGUGGCGCCAGUUUGCCCUGACCUGCCCGGAGGAGCUCCGCGAUGGGUCGGAAAAGUGCGUCGAGUUGCGCGAAAAGCUCACGAACGAUGAAACGGUCGACGCGUUUCACAACGACGUCCACGAAGCGGAAUAGAUCCGCGAUCGCCGAUCGCCGGUGCGCCUAGAAGCCGGCAACCGCGAAGCAUACCCGAAACCCAAACCAAAUGUUACGCACAUAUAAACAUAUCAAUAAAGGAGCGCAGCAUCGCCAAUUC